GGUGCACGCGACUCCGACAAAACCGAAUUUUAUAUAAUAAAAUAGGUAGUAUCUAUACGUUGCAGGUCGCUAUAAAUAAUAUUAUUAUAGAUGUACGCUUUUUUGUUUUCGGGAUAAAAAAAAAAAAAAAAAACUAAAAAAAAUCCCCUUCGCCGAUCGCCACCGCCGCCCAACAACUGCACCGCCGCCGCAACCCCGCCGCCUGCUACACCCGUCCACGGGCGCAACACGUUCCCGUCGUCGUCGUCGUCGCCGUCGUCUCGUGUGAUCGUCAUCGCCGCCGGCGAAACCAACUCGCCAGCCGCUGAAGAACAUUUUAAUAAUAAACAUUAUUAUCAUCUCUAUACACGCGCAUAAUAUUACUAUUACAUAUUCUAUAUUAUACAGCAAACGGCACUCGUUUGGUCUCUUCUCCUUCGCGUCUUCUUCUCCUCAUUCCCUUUCGUCUCGCACAAUCCUUCUCUGUAUCCUCCGUCUUCUCACUUUUACAGCGACUCCGUCUGCUUCCUUCGCUAUAAAUCUCUCUCUCUUACUCUCUCUCACUCGCUCGUAGCCCCGUCGUCGCGCGUACUCACAAUAAUAUUAAUAUAAUACUAUAUAGAUUCGACUGCACUCUGGGCAGCGUCUUUGGGUUGGGGAGGGGGCGGACGGCCGUGGCCUCAGCAUCCGAAGGUGUGUGUGCGCGCGCCGCGCGCGUGUUCGUGUUCACCGUCGUCGUCCGGGCGUAGUCACUGGGGGCGCGCUCGCGCACAGUACUCAGCCGGCGGACAGGCGGCCGACGCAGAGUGGCUAUGGACACCGCGAACGGGGUAGUGGCCGGUGCUGAUGCCGUCACCGUCACGCUGUCUCUGCUGCUGUUCGUCGUGCUCCUGAUGCUGGCGGUCGCAUCGGCGUGCGGCCGCGGGCCAUGGACCGCGCGCCGUCGACCGGCCACAGCCACAGACGCCGCCCGCACCGCCGUGCUAGACGGUCCGACGGCGUACCCGGUCAUCGGGGCGCUGCACGUCAUGGAUGGACACAGGGACAAUCCGUUCCGCCGGUUCACCGAGCUGGCCCAUCGGUACGGACCCGUCUAUGCCAUGAACAUGGGAUCGAUGCCGUGCGUGAUCGUCAACGAUUACCCGUCCAUAAAGGAGGUACUCAUCACCAACGGUUCCAAGUUUGGCGGGCGACCCGAUUUUUCCCGGUACAAUGCGCUGUUCGCUGGAGACCGCAACAACUCUCUGGCGCUAUGCGAUUGGUCAUGGCUUCAAGAGACCAGGAGGAAGAUAGCUCGAAUGUACUGUUCUCCGAAAGUGUGUUCGUCCAACUACGGUCUGUUGGACUCCAUUGCGUCCGAUGAGCUGGACAUAUUCUUGGAAUCGUUGGCCACAGUCACCGGCCGUGGUCCGGAGCGCGAGGUACAGGUGAAGCAACCUUUGCUGAUGGCCUGCGCCAACAUGUUCAUUCGAUUCAUGUGUUCCACGCAAUUCGACUAUAGUGAUCCUAAGUUCCAAACCAUGGUCAGGACGUUUGACGAGAUAUUCUGGGACAUCAACCAAGGUUACGCGGUGGACUUCUUACCGUGGCUGAAGCCAUUCUACGCGAGCCACAUGCGAAAGCUGACCGCGUGGUCGACGCACAUUAGACGGUAUAUUAUGGACACAGUCGUGUCGAAGAGGAGUAGUUACGUGAAGUCUAUGGCCGCUGCGAUAGAUGGCGGUGGCUAUGACGACGACGACGAACAGGAACCGACAGACUUCACCGACGCUCUUCUCAUGAGCCUGCGCAAGGAUCCCAGACUUAAAAUGGACCACGUGCUGUUCGAACUUGAAGACUUCAUCGGUGGUCAUUCGGCCGUCGGCAACAUGGUCAUGCUCGCCCUAUCCAUGGUGGCCACCAGACCACACGUGGCCCAAGCGAUCCGAGACGAAGCCGAACGAGUCACCGGCGGCCAACGUUUAGUCCGUCUCUACGACAAGCCGGACAUGCCGUACACCGAGGCCACUCUGUUCGAGACUCUACGAUUCAUUUCGUCGCCCAUCGUUCCUCACGUGGCAACAGAAGACACUACGAUCAAAGGUUUCAAAAUACCAAAAGGCACGUGCAUUAUACUUAAUAAUUAUGAAAUCAACACCAGCCCGACGUUAUGGGUCGACCCGGACGUAUUCGAUCCCAAUCGUUUCAUACACCGCAAGUCUGGCGAAAAGCUGUGCAUCCGGAAACCGGAAUACUUUCUGCCGUUCGGCACCGGCAAAAGGACAUGUAUUGGACAGCAAUUGGUUUCCGGAUUUGGGUUCGUACUGCUCGCAGGCAUACUGCAAAGAUACGAGGUAAAGGCCACUGCUCAAUUGGCAAUACCCGAGGCACGUCUUGCUCUACCGCCCGACACGUACCCAUUAAUACUGAAACCACUCGAUGGAUCUCCAUAGAUUGGAUAUUGAAUAAAGUAUCAAAUUGUUAUGCAAUCACGUUGACAUCAGACUAACGCGACAAUCGUUAUUGUCGUUGUAUAUUAAAUUAGAUAACUAUUGUACAUACCCAUAAACACAUAUAUAAUAAUAUUAUAUUUCAUAUAUACUAGGUAUCGAAUCACAAGACUGUUUGAUUUACAAUUAAUUCGUAUGUUAGAACAUAACAAUAUUUUAACUACGUCGAUAUUUGAUUUAAUAUGGUAUUGAUAGGUAUAUACAUAUAUAUUUUUUUUUAUAGACAAAUUUAGUAUCAGUCCAAAAAAUGUUUGUACCUAUAUAGUAUAUAAGAUAUAUAAUUAUUAUAAGUAUUUAAUAUAAAAUACAAUUUAAAACAAAUUUCAAUUUGAACAUACAUUUUUUUUGCCAAAUUGUAUU